AUGUCAACACCUACGCCAUUCCUUUACCAGACCAGGACGCUCGCCAGAUGGAGUCUUGCUGGACCAAAUAUUAUUAAUGCACCUCGAUACUAUGAUACCAUGCUUCGCAGACACUAUAGUGAUGUCCGUAGUAACAAUGCGCCACCCUCUUCCCCACGAUUUACAAUAAAACGAACAUCGAACAUGUCAGGAGCUGAACCUCCAGCAGCUGGGAGCUGGACCUAUAAGCCCAGAUCUCAAGACAAUACAGUCUUUUUUUCGAACGAAGCGGAUGCUCAGCCAUCACCAUCCAGCAGGCCAUUCACGCCAAGAACACCAGAAGCGGCAUACCUAGGAACAUCAGGGCUCGAUACCGCCAACAAAUUGCCAAAUCUCGAGUCCAAUGACUUCAGAUUGGAAGAUGGACUAGGAUUCGACGAGAUGUCGGAGUUGGAUGAAGUUGAUAUGGAAGAUCCUUUCUCAACUGCUAUGCAGCCCGAAGAGAUUCAGGACUUGACGAGAAAGCACGGCUCUCGCGACUCGACAAUAACGGAUCAAGAAAGAUCAGCAUUCCAGAAAAUCUUCUCGGACAUUUUCAAGAGGUCCAACAGUUUAGGUCCGAGCUUAUCUACUUCCGCUUUUGAAGCGAUGGACAAGGACCCGUUCGAGAGGGAAAGCGAGCCAACAGAUCUUGGACGAGCCAAAAAGAACCUUGGUAAUAUUCUCACCACAGCGAUGCAGAGAAAUCCUCAAAGUCGUCGACAAAUGGACGCGGCCCUGGAAAAAUACCCACCAGCCCUGCGUGCAGCUGCGGCGAAAGCUAUGGGAUACAUAGAAGACGAAUCAGAUGUGGAACAGACUCAGUCAAGUCGAAAUGCCAUGUUGGAUACGGAAGCACUCGAAGCAUUAAGAGAACCAGAACGAAAACGUGUAGAGGGUCUCAUGAACGCAGCCAAUACCGAUUUCGAGCUGAUGGAGAUCAUGGAGAAAGAAGUAUUUACCUUGAUCUCAAAGUUAGGGUUGGAGGAUGCUUCAAACGUCGCAGCUGCUCACGUUCCGCUCAAGACCAAGAAAAAGAAGGCCUCGAAAAAGGCGAAAGUGACACGCAAAACCGAGAUUGUAACGGAGGUCGAGUCACAGGAAAGGUCAGAAGCUACGACCAGCGAGCCCGCGAUCGAUGGAGUGUCCCCUCUCGCGCUCUAUGGCCCUCUCUAUCCAUCAUAUCUCUUGCUUGGGCUCCGGCUUCUCGAUCGCUCUUUCGCGAAACCAUCUCCACUCGCCCUUUCGAUACUUCCAAGAAUCAAGUCUUUGGGAUACAUCUCACAGAUCCUGGGAGGUACGACCCCACUUUACAACGAGCUUCUGAAUAUAUACCGAUAUCGAUAUGAUGACUUCCGUGGAAUGCUUGAUCUGCUGAAUGAAAUGGAACAAGCUGCCUUAGAGUUCGACGAAGAUACUCUUGCGAUUGUACGGAAUACCUCCAAAUUCCAAUUUAGCAUUCAUCGAGGCGAGAAGGGCACUACGAUGAAAGCCUUAUGGGCAAUGCCUGAGUUUGCGCCCAAUGGUUUCAGGACUUGGAGAGAGAAGAUCAUCAAAGCCAUCAUGGAGAGGGAGGACAAGGCCAGAGAGCAUCUCCAAUUUAACAUAGCACGAUAG